UUUCUCACCAUCAAAUUUUAGCCUCUCACUCUCUCUCUCUCCCCGCUUCACGGUUCAUUCAUAAUCUCCGGUAAAAUAUGGCGGCCGAUGAAGUGAAGCUGAUCGGCUCAUGGGCGAGUGUUUACGUCAUGAGGGCGAUGAUCGCUCUCCACCUCAAAUCUAUUAGCUACGAAUUCCUCCAGGAGACGUUCGGUUCAAAGAGCGAAUUGCUCCUCAAAUCUAACCCGGUUCACAAGAAGAUGCCGGUGCUGAUUCACGCUGACAAACCGGUUUGCGAGUCCAACAUCAUCGUUCAGUACAUCGACGAGGCUUGGAACUCAUCAUCUCAGCCGUCCAUUCUCCCGUCCCAUCCAUACGACAAGGCCAUCGCUCGUUUCUGGGCUGCCUACAUAGACGACAAGUGGUUUAUCUCUCUGAGAAGUAUCCUAACAGCUCGAGGAGAAGCAGAUAAGAAAGUAGCCAUAGCUGAAGUCGAAGAAAGGACUGAGCUUCUUGAGAAAGCAUUCGUGGAUUGCAGCAAAGGAAAACCCUUCUUCAACGGUACUGACCAUAUCGGUUACCUCGACAUUGCCUUUGGGAGCUUCUUGGGUUGGCUGAGAGUCGUAGAGUUGGAUGCGGGUCAUAAAUUUCUUGAUGAGAUCAAGACUCCUUCUCUGUCCAAAUGGGCAGAUCAGUUCUGUAAUGAUCCCUCUGUGAAACCUAUUAUGCCAGAGAUUACCAAGCUCGCUGAAUUCGCAAGGAAGCUCUUUCCUAAGCCGCAAGCCUGAAGUCAAGGAUGUGGAUCCUCUUAAAUAUGUGUAUUUGGGGACUGAGAUUGAACAAAUUGACUGUAGUCAUAUGAAACUGGUUUACUAGGAUGCAAGUCAAAUAUGUUAGUGGGGAAGAAUGUAAUGGGUUUACUAAGAUAAGUUAUGUUGUACUGAAAUGAUAAAUAAAAUUUGAGAUUAAGCUCAGCUAAAUUACUUGUGAUCA